GCCAGAGAGGACCCAGAAUCAUGUCGGUUCUUCCCACUCUGCUCUAUCUCGGGUUGUAUCUCGCCCAGAGCACUCAAGCUCAGAAUGGAUAUCUCCUCCCACCUGUUAUCAGAGCUCAGCCUGGACCCAUGGUUCUAUAUAAUGAACCAGUGACCAUCCUGUGCCAAGAGCCUUCACACGCUGAAGCCUACGAGAUAUAUAAAGUGGAAGAACCUGAGCCUAGGGCUGGAAGGAAAUUACCGCUGGCUGGGAAGACCAGAACUUUAUAUAUCCAAGAGAUGAAACCAGACAAGACAGGACUGUACCGCUGUUCCUAUAAGAGUAGAGGACACUGGUCCUCACUCAGUGACAUCCUGCAUCUGGUGAUGACGGGAUCUUAUGACAAGCCCUCACUCUCCAGCAUGAGUAGCACGGUGGUGGCUUCAGGAGACAAUGUGAAGUUACAGUGUUUCUCCAGAAUCAGAUUUCAUGCAUUUAUUCUCACCCAAGAAGACGCACCUCAGUUCACCCAGAGACAAAGCUCCACAGCCCAGGACAAUGGAGUUCAGACCACCUUCCACAUGGACCAUGUCACCUCCACACAGGCCGGGACCUACAGAUGCUACGGUGCCUUCAGCAAAGACCCCUAUGUGUGGUCUCACCCCAGCGACCCAUUGCAGCUGGUGGUCACAGGAAGUCUCCCCCCACCUGUUAUCACAGCUCAGCCUGGAUCCAUGGUUCUAUGUAAUGAACCAGUGACCAUCCUGUGCCAAGGGCCUCCAGAGGCUGAAGUCUAUGAGAUAUAUAAAGUGGAAGAACCUGAGCCUAGGGACAGAAGGAAAUUGCUAAUGGCUGGGAGAACCAACACUUUAUAUAUCCAAGAGAUGAAACGAGAAAAGACAGGACUGUACCGCUGUUCCUAUAAGAGUGGAGAACGCUGGUCCCAGUCCAAUAACAUCCUGCAUCUGGUGAUGACAGGAUCUUAUGACAAACCCUCACUCUCCAGCAUGAGUGGCCCGGUGGUGGCUCCAGGAGACAAUGUGACGUUACAGUGUUUCUCCAGAAUCAAGUUUGAUGCAUUCAUUCUCACCAAAGAUGAUGCACCUCAGUUCACCCAGAGACAAAGCUCCACAACCCAGGACAAUGGACAGCAGACCACCUUCCAAAUGGACCAUGUCACCUCCACACAGGCAGGGACCUACAGAUGCUACGGUGCCUUCAGCAAAGACCCCUAUGUGUGGUCUCACCCCAGCGACCCAUUGCAGCUUGUGGACAGAGAAGCUCCUUUCGACCCCAUACCCAUGGAGCCCAAACAUCCACAAGCCACAGACCAUAACCAGACCCAGAACCACCAUGGUAUUCUGAUCGGCUUCCCAGUGGCCAUCGUCCUCCUGCUCCUCCUCUUCCUCCUCCUUUUCUUCAUCCUCCGCCACCGCCAUCGCAAAGCCAGAAACAAUGCCACCGAGACAAAGAGACAGCCAGAGGCAGUGGAACCCAUGGACGGACCGGCCUCUGAAGCUAGAGACCCACAGGAUGUCACCUAUUUCCAAGUGGCCUUCAAUGCCCCCACCCACGGGACAGCUUCAGCCCCCUCCUUGCUGCCCAAGCCGGCCCAGGCCAGCGAGUAUGCCACACUCGUCCUGAGAUGAGCCGUGCUCUGGACAGUAGGACUCAGAGCUACCAGUUGCAAGGUCCCUCCUCUGGCGUCGUUGCUUCUAAAUCUGAGGCUGUCAGCUGGGCUGAGGGGACCCACCCACAUUACCCAGAAAGAAGGCCCCGGCGCCCCCUGAAUCUGGAGAUUAUCACCCAGUCAGUUCCAGAAUCUCCACCAUAAUUGCCCAUCAAUUCCUGGGACCCUCCUGGGUUAUUGGGACGAUGGCAGAGUAAUGUUUGUAUGUUCUCAUUGAUUAAACAAAUAUACUUAAAU